GAUCCAUAUUAUAACAGCACGAUGCAACGUCCAUGGGGAGAUCACGGUGGCAAAGCUACCCCACCACAUGGUGGUGGUGUUGCUAGUGGUGCAUGGAGUACACCAUCUCCGGUUCCACCUCCUGGUGCUGGUGGAGGAUGGGGUUCACCAUAUCCAAUCACAGCACAAAUGAUGAGCAGUGAAGUAAGCUCCCUGGCAGGCGCACAACAUAUUCCUUUGCCUCCUCCAUCACCAAAUAUGCCUCUUGGAAUAAAUACUGAAACUUUCACUUAUGAGGAGCUUUCAGCUGCUACUGGCGGAUUUUCUGAGGCCAAUCUGCUCGGCCAAGGCGGGUUCGGGUUUGUGCACAAAGGUGUGUUACCAAGUGGAAAGGAGAUUGCAGUUAAGAGUUUAAAAACUGGUAGUGGGCAAGGCGAAAGAGAAUUCCAGGCCGAGGUAGAAAUAAUCAGUCGCGUCCAUCAUCGCUACCUCGUGUCCCUAGUCGGAUAUUGCAUGGGAAGACAUCAAAGGAUGCUGGUGUAUGAGUUUCUUCCAAAUAAAACCUUGGAAUAUCACCUCCAUGGACCUGAUCGCCCGGUUAUGGAUUUUUUUACUAGACUUCGAAUAGCAUUAGGUUCUGCUAAAGGGCUUGCUUAUCUUCAUGAAGAUUGCCAUCCUCGCAUUAUUCAUCGUGAUAUUAAAUCAGCUAAUAUUCUGCUUGACUACAACUUUGAAGCCAAGGUGGCUGAUUUUGGAUUAGCUAAGUUGUCUGAAGAUAACCACACCCAUGUCUCAACUCGUGUGAUGGGAACAUUCGGGUAUUUGGCUCCGGAAUAUGCAUCGAGCGGCAAGCUAACAGAAAAAUCCGAUGUUUACUCAUUUGGGGUCAUGUUAUUAGAACUCAUAACCGGAAAGCAACCUGUGGAUUCAAGCAAUGCAAUGGAGGACAGCUUAGUAGAUUGGGCUCGACCACACUUGACUCAAGGGCUCGAGGAUGGCGACCUAGGUCCGCUGGUUGAUCCACGUUUGGAACAACUACAACCAUGA